GCUGAGCGUCGUGUUGGGGGGGGGAGGGGGUUAAAGGCCGGAAUGGCAGCAGGGUAAGCGCAGACCGGAAUGAGACGUGCGUUGACUGAUCACUCAUGCCUGCGAAAGCGGGCGUGCUGUGGCUCACGGCCGUCGCGCUGCUGUGGGGCGGCACCAAUCCGCUGCUGAAGCGCGGAGCCAAGGGCGUGGAGACGGUACGUGGUCGCGGACGCCUUCGCCAGCUCUUCGCCGAGCUCUGCUUCCUCGUCUCCAACCCCCGCUACAUGGUCCCGUUUGUCCUGAACCAGAGUGGCUCCUUGCUGUAUUACUUCACCCUCGGCUCAGCUGACUUGUCCGUGGCCGUGCCCUUGACCAACUCGCUGACGUUCAUCUUCACGCUCAUUACGGGCAAGCUCCUGGGAGAAAACAUCGGAGGGACGCGGGCUCUGUUGGGGAUGCUUCUGAUGGGGGUCGGGCUCACGCUGUGCGUCGCGAGCAACGCGUGGCGCGAGGAGACGACCGUGCGCGCCUCCGACGACGACGACGCCGCCGCCGCCGCCGCCGACCCCGAGUGAGGUCGUCGGCUCCGAGAGGAGGCUGGCGCCUUCCCGAACGCCGCUCUUCCGUCCGGUCGACGCCGCUCGCACAUUGGUGGCGACGCUCGGAGGGGGGUGGGGGGAAACGUCGUCUGAAGAGUUUGUGUGGAAGUAGCAAUGAUGCAAAACGAUCGCUCGCGAUUGGUUGGCGACGUGGUGGGGGAGGUGGGGGGGGGUAACCCGCACAUUCCAAGGGGCCGGAUCCAGCCCACGACUUAAUUUCUGUACGGCCCCAGUGGCCACACGACUGUUAAGUCAAACGAAAUAUUAAAAUGCUCAGUCACUUGUCCCCGCACAAGAGGCCUCUUGCGGCAGAGUGGCUGAGGGGGUGUGUGUGUGUUCGUUCACGCGUUGUUGGUCUCCAAAGUUAUUUGAGGGUCCUAUUUGACUCGCAGAAGGAAAAAGGUUACCCCAUCACUUGACAUGGGUGAUCAAUGGCCGUGUGUAGUCCGAAUGGGGACUGUUAAACAGUGUUGUUGACCAUGUGCAACUGAAAAAGAAAGGUAUGUUGAUUUAGUUAAUCGGUGUAAAUAUGCUGUAUAAUAUACAACUUGUUGUUACACUUGGAUUUAUGAUGUGUUUUCGUAGCUGUGCCACAACACUAAUGAAUGUCCAUGUUAACCUGUUGACAUAGCAGUGCAUCGCCCUGUGCCAGGAGAGAAUGGCUCUGAAUGAUGCCUUCAGAAUUACUUUUUAGAUCACUACAGCGCAAAUCGUAUUCACCGUGGGUGGCACACUCUUACGCCCUACAAAGAGCUAUCAUUGUGCGAUGAAGAAUACUUUUUUAAUUCAGAAAGUUGGGAGAUUUCAGGUCUGUCGAAACGUGGACUCAAACCCAGGUCCUAUGCGGUGUGGUGCAGGGCUCUGCGUCAUUGAUAUGGCCACUGCGAACCUUUAUCCGGGUGGCCGUCCAACCACCUGGAUGAGGUUAGCCGGAUGGGUUCCGUCUUCGCAGCGAACAAGCUUCCUGAACAAGGCAACCUUCUUCAUGGGUGCCGAGGCACGUGAUGCCCGUUCGAUACGGGUUCGAGUCGUAACCGCCGCGUGUUGGUGUUUGGCACGGGUUACCGUUCGCGCUCGCAUUACAGGUCACGUCACGAUAACGUUGCGAAAUUGGUACGAACGGGGAGCGGUGGAUGGAGAGGGGGGGGGGGACCGUUUUACAAAAGGAAACGUACGAUUGCACAAGAGGGUAAUUACUGAAAGAGCCGCCGUUAGCUGCAGUUGUACUUUUAACAAGCUCGGCACGAUUUAUUUUGGUUGUUUGUUGCAAUGCUGCUAACUGUACACGGCCUGUGCGUCGUUCACCUGUUGACCUCUUUUUUCGGAAGUACCCCCCCCCCACCACCACCACCGCCACCCCUCCAAAUAACGCCUUUGGGGGCUGCAUGGCCAGAAAUAGGUGCGGCGCGUGACAAAAAAAGCAACCAGCGAGGCUCACGUGUGUGCCGUGUUUACCGAAACCGGAGCGAUUGUGCAAUUAUGAGCCCCAUCCCCCUUUCGUGCGAGGGCGUUCGUUCCGCUCUUUAAGUUGUGAUCGUGACGCAUGGAUAACGAGUUGCAUAGUUUCACGGAUCGUUGUGGUUCAAGAAUGAAAACCGCAUGAUAAUUCUUGCCCGUUUCAACGGGCAACCCAGCAGCAUUCGUUUUAAUGGGACCCAGCUUCCACCCUGACUUAUGGAACUCGGAAUGUAAAAACGUGGCCCAAGGUUACGCCUGCUCCAUCGCAAUGCUGCCCGGAAAAUUGUUUUGUCCAGAAGGACCCUGCGUCUCUUGGAUCUAGAUUGAAUGAGAUUUGUUUGGCAGGAAUCUAUCACCGUGUUUUAUUUGGUUUAAGUAGGAGUGUGCGUUUUUUUUUCUUUCUUAAAAAAAAAGUGUUACGAAAUGUAUCUUUUGUGAAGUGACUCGGACGCCCUUGCAAACCUGGUGCUUGAAAACAAACACUUAACUGUAGGUCACUGCAACCAUUCCACGCCUCAUUCUCAUAACUUCGACUACAAUGCUUGUGCAUGUGUGUUUAUGUGUGGGUAUCUGUGUUUGUGCGUGCACACAAGGCGUUUGAGGCAGGUUAAGUAACCGGGGCCUGUUUGAUAUAUUUGAAAGGGGGGGAUGGGGCAAAAAAAAAGUGCCAAUAUUCAGCAGAAGAAUGGCAUCGUCUUACAAAAACAGCGCACGGCGUUUAGCCGGCUCUCCGAUACGUGUGCCCCCUCGUCUUGUUCUCUCAGCGUGGUGGUGUCCGACGUUUCGCUUCGCGUUGCUGGGAGCUGCUUCGGCAACGUUUCAGCCCCCGAAGUGCUGGGGGAGCGACGUUCAGUUCCCGGAGAAGCUCGCCGGCACGUGGAGCCAAAUGCACCCCUCCCCCCUAGCCCGGACGUCUUGCCGGGAUGACCAGGAAACGCAUCGGAGAGCUGUACCGCACGGAGACCUAUGCAGUAGCGAUGCAAUACUCAAAAUUGGCAGCGACAAAAAAUACACCGAAAUAGUUUUCUUGCACAUCGGUGGCAUUUUAACCUUCAGAGCGUUAUCGACCGCGAGAACCUACACGCUCGUAGACGUUUGUCUUUUAUCUGCCAAAAAUGAGCAAUAAGCGGUCCUUUCCGCCAAUUUGUGAACCUUUGCCCGUCGUUGAUUUGGCGAAGGAAAUAUUUAAUUUCGCCCGUGUGGGUUCCUCGGCUCAGAAACGUUGGUCGAGGGGCAACACUCAAGUUUGCUGGGGUGGUCGGUCUUUGCAAGGCUUAUGUCGAUGUAGAGCAACAGCAAUAGUUUCACAUCGAGGCAGUAGCGUAGCUCGUAUGGGGGCAGGGGGUACUGUGACUCCCCUUGUGGCCAAAGCUAUGAGUUGGGGGAGGGGGGGCCCUUGACAUCGGUGCAAAAGAACAACACGCUUAUUUAAAACGCGGUUUAAAUGUAUUUUAUUGAAUAAUAACAAUGCUUUAAUUUACGUUCCACGUUUUAUUUUAAUUAAAUGAGAGCGGUAACGUUAGGCGACUGUGUGAGACGAAUCAAAAUAUUGGGCCCCCUCCCCCCAGCUGGCAAUGUCCUUACUACGCCAUUACGAUGUUUGAGCCAAGUGAUUGUCAGGAGUAGGGGAGUUGGUUGCAUCGCUGCGACGAUGCCUCCCCUUUGGUAUUUGUGAACCGAGCGUCGAGUAGUCGUUUAUUCGCUCGGUGGUUGCGUUCUGUGUGACCGCGGUCGCGCGGCGGAAAGCUCAGAACGUUCCAUUUGUGCGUCAAGUGUCCGCAUCUUGCCGGUUGGUAAAGGAGUCCCAGCAAUGUGCGGUGGGUAAAUGUUGAGAAACUCACGACGACGAUUUUUUUUGGAACUCUCUAUAUGGUUGGUCCGAAACGUGGCCGCGUGCGCAUUAUACACGCCACACGGCGGCGAUGUCGCGUGGCAUGCAAGGCGUCAUUGGCGGACCGAGCCAGAGGUCAAGAUGACACCCUUUUUCGUCUCGUGAUCGCCUUUGGCAUGUAUUAUUAUUCUUCUUACAGUGGAGGAAACCGUUCCAGAGUUUCCUGAUUCGCGGACAUUCGUCAGCUUCAAAAGAAUCAUCCAAAUCCACCUCCCAUCUCAAAGCCCCCCCGGUCUUGUCUAUGCCAGGGUACUAGGUGACGGAGACCGCUUGUUACGCCGUAGUUUGGAUGGCUUGAGAGAGCGAAAUCCUUGAUGAAGUUGACGAUACUGGACGGCGACCUCGGGGUUCUUAUGAUCCGGGGCAAAUGACACGGGUGUUUUCGUCAUAGCAGCGUGUUUCGCCUUCUCUGAAGGAGCUAGGCCUCGAUACGCUACGAGUAGCUUUUGGUCAAUGUUCCAACGAAUGCUUGUUUUGAACCGAGACCAACACAAUUUCUACAAAGCUUUUCGCUCAGAGAUAUAGACAUGUGUAUAUAUAUGUAUAUGUCGUAUUCCCCAGAUUAUAAGAUGCUCCGGAGUGUAAAGCGCACCCAAAAAUGUGUGCUGUGUCAAAGUAAGAAAGAUAAAGUAAAAAAACUGAUAAAAACGCGAAUGCCUACCAGAUGAUAAUACGCAAGCCUAACUUCUGCUUGAGGAUGCAGGGAAUGUAAGUGCAUUUUAUAAUACGUGAGACUACGAUACAUCUCGCAUUUUCAAAAUAUGCACAUACACUGAGGGUGGUAGGUGUGCAUCCCUGCAAUUACUUGCUCGCUCUACCGCUGGCUGACGAGAGGGAACUCAAGCGAGGCCCUCCAGGUAGCUGGUGGGGGACGUGCUUCUCAACGUUUUGUUGGCUACUUGUGUUGUACCCCGUUAUUGAAUGUUAGUUUUCAACCGAGUCCACCCCCCCCCCUUGCUAGCCCUAACAUGGUUCUGAGAAAUAAAAUGUAUGAAUAAUGAACAUCAAUAUUUUAACCGAUUGUCCCAUUUUUGUGAGAUAAUCCUAAUCAGCUGGUACCCGCAAGCAAUUAUAACGACAAAAAUCAGUUAACCAGUAGGCUUUCGCGACCAAUAUCAUUCAAGAGAGUUUUUUUUUUGGGGGGGGGGGUUAGAUCACG